AUGACAGCCAGUGAGCCUGUGUCACAUCUGCUUUACAGUGUUCCUUUGCCACCGGACAAACUGCUCCCCCUAGAGAAGGGUCGCGAGUCAUCGAGUGAUGGUGGCAGCGCUGCGUUACGGUGGGGGGCUUCCCCAGGGCAUGUGGGUCAGCAUCAGGGAGGCCCUGGUCACUGUGCAGGGGUGACCAUAGCACCAGGCCAGUGCCAGCUUAUAGUAGCUAUUGAACAAGAAGAAAUUCCCAGACUUCAGGCCCUGAAUGAGAGGCCUGAGAAUGGUGCCCAAGGCCUGAGGCUGAUCCAGCAGGAAGAUACAAAGAAGAGGGCAUCAUAUUGCAGGGGUCUGAUGCCUGUAGAUUGUCCAUACACUGGCAUUGUAGACUGUCGAUAUGUUGCUUUGUCCUUAGCCCAGGAUUUCCAACAAGCAGGUGGCUCUGUCUUAACUAAUUUUGAAGUAAGUGAUAUUGAAAUGGCUAAAGAAAGCCCUUCAAGAAAUAAAGAUGAGAUGCAAUAUCCAAUUGUUACAAAGAAUACAAAGGGAGAGGAAGUUCGGAGUCAGUAUGUUGUGACGUGUGUGGGACUUUGCUCAGACCGUAUUUCUGAGUUGAGUGGAUGCAAUCCUGAUGCUCGCAUUGUACCAUUCCGGGGAGAUUAUCUGCUGCUGAAGCCCAAAAAAUGCUAUCUAGUAAAAGGAAACAUUUAUCCAGUCCCAGAUAGCCAAUUUCCUUUCCUAGGAGUCCAUUUCACACCAAGGAUGGAUGGCAGCAUUAGGCUAGGACCUAAUGCAAUUCUUGCCUUUGACUUUGACUGCCUUUGACCUUUUGACUUCAAUGCCAGAGAUGUGCUGCAUAGAAUUAUCAAUAGUGGCUUGGUUAAUAAUAAUUGAUAGAAUUAAAAAGGAGAGAACGAUCCAACAUGGGAAGCGGGAUACACAGCAGACUCAUAGAAUGGCGAAUGGCCGGCGCCGUGGCUCACUAGGCUAAUCCUCCGCCUAGCGGCGCCGGCACACCAGGUUCUAGUCCCGGUCGGGGCGCCGGAUUCUGUCCUGGUUGCCCCUCUUCCAGGCCAGCCCUCUGCUGUGGCCAGGGAGUGCAGUGGAGGAUGGCCCAGGUGCUUGGGCCCUGCACCCCAUGGGAGACCAGGAAAAGCACCUGGCUCCUGGCUCCUGCCACCGGAUCAGCGCGGUGCGCUGGCCGCAGCGCGCCGGCCACGGCGGCCAUUGGAGGGUGAACCAACGGCAAAGGAAGACCUUUCUCUCUGUCUCUCUCUCUGUCCACUCUGC